CCUGGAACACACUUUAUGAAAAGUAUAAAAGUUACCAAAUGAGUAGUUCCAAGGAAGGCAGACAUGCCAGUGUUUCUUCUGAAAACGGCUAAAAACGCCGAUCUUGCACAUUCACCUUCUUGGAAGACCGGAAGUUUUGGUUUUCUAAGAAUUUUCGUCGCUCCGAUUGGUUCUUGUGUCGUACAAACAUGGCGGCGAAAAUUCAAUGGAAGCAGAGUAUGUUGUGAGCAUGAUAUGCUAAUGAGAGUCCUGACAAGCCUUUUUUUGUUCUUACUUAUUGGAGCAAUUCGAAAUGUAAAUUGUUUAGAGACAAAGGAGGGAGGUAAGUUUGCUGUGUUUGUUUGGAACUAGCGUCUCUAAUCACGCACACGGAAAUGAUUUUCGGGUACGGUCGAACUUUAUACGAUGCCUACGGAGUCUAAUCAAAUGAACAGCUCAGUUGAUGUGUAAUUUCCCUUAGUCAUCAACUUUUGCCCCAGGGAAAUGAAUGACCAGUCAUUUGCAGUCGUACAAAAUUCUACCGACAGAAAAAAAUAAACGCUAACGACUGCAUGUUUAUUAGAUCCAUUUCAUCUCAACUUUAAUGAGGUAAAUUGUUAGCUUUAAUAUAGAAAAGCGAUUUUCAUUCGCAUGCCGAUACAUAUUAAUUGAUCUUACUUUCAUUUUCUUAAUGUGUGUAAUUCCCAACUCGUACAGUCGAUUUUAUUAUAGUUAUGUUUGAAAACGCAUUAUUUUCGUCUUCCGAAUCAUUCGUAAAUCAUGCGAUCGUACAAUAGUCCAAUGUCGCCAGUUGGGCAUGUGAGCAUAUUUUAAUUGUGCCAGCGAAAAGAUUAACUUUUUGCUGUUACACCUUCAGAUAAAUUAGUUACCAUUUUUGAGCUCUUAUGCGGCCUUGGUAGAUAAGAUCACUUUGAUUGCAUCUUUUUCGAAGGGAAAAUACAUCAUAGUAAAAUUGACAUGUGAAGACUGCAGGGUUGUAUCAACAAUGUUAUUUAAUUAAUAAUUUAAAAUCAUAAUUACGUACUAGCUUUUUCAGACGGGAUCAGUGGACGUUUCGUUGGUCUAGAAACAAUAUGAUCCUCAGCUGGGAGGAAAUGUCAGAACUCACCUACUAAAACAAGGAGGGAUAAAUAACUGAAUGUCACAUUGAGUCCUAAAGGAAGUUUUGGCAUGAUAACCAUGUGUUAUCAAUAAAUUUCAUUUCACAGAUGUAACACAGUUCUUUGAUUCAGCUCAUCUUGAUCUAUGGUAUUUUUAGAAAAUUAGUAAUUGCGCUGUAUCAAAGUUCCACAGUUUGACUAGAAAGUGAUUCAUUUUAGCUUAAUUAGUGAAAGCGCAGGGUCCAAUGUCUUGCACGUGGCAUACUUUUGCAUUUGUUUCAGAUGAAGUCUCCUUUCAGUUGAAAGAUUUCCAAGAUGUAAUUUACACUGCCAACAGUUACGCUCUUGAGCUGAACUGUACUGUCAAUUGGACACUCAAGAAGACUACAUCGAAACACUUUUUCACAUGGAAACAUAACAAUACAUUGAUACCAAGCUGUUUCACCCGCACGAUUGAUAACAGCACUUUACAACUGAGGAAAAAUCACACCCAGUUCGCAGACACUGGAGUUUAUAUUUGUGGAGUGUUCAGUAAUUCUUCAAAGCUUCCUAUUAUUACGUUUCAUCAAGUCAGAGUCAUAAUAGGAGGUAUGUACUAUAAAAUAUGAAUUUGUACUGUACAACUAUACUUCACUUUGCAAUUAUAUUUAUUUAAUGAGACUGAAUGCUCACAACCAUUGUGCUAUAACUCAUGACACUUCAUACUAGUCUUGCAACCCCAAUAGAUUAAUAUACACACAUGGGUUACAUGGUAAAAAUUGACAGGACUUUGAUAAAAGUAUUUUAUUUGCCCUUUGGUGACAAAUUGUCAAAUGACAUUCACUUUGGUACUAGCUGAUUACAAAUUUGAAUGGUAUGAUUGGUCAUAAUGUGGCAAUAAAGGGCUGUAAAAGAUUUUUUAUGAAGUAUAAAUUGAAUUUACUGGCAGUAACAUAAAACUUUUAAUUUUUGGUUUUUCUACUUUUAGUUCUUUUCAGUUAGAGCUUAUAAUAACAAAGAGAUUUAUAAUUUAGGUCUAUACUUAAUUUAUUUAGUUUUAAGUCAUUUUUAACCCUGCACAACCUAACAUCAGGGUGCAUUUUUUCCAUAAUGUUCUAUACACAUCCUAAGGUACUGACAAGAAGAAUUAAUUGAAAAAUCAGGAACUUCUUUAGUUGGUGAUCAUUAAAUGUAUUUUUUCUUUAUUCUUGUGACCUUAACCCUUUCACUCCCACAAGUGACCAAGACAGAAUUUCUCCUUACAAUAUCAAUACAAUGUCAAGCAGGUAGGUGAUGAGAAUAGGGAAGAAUAUCAAUUAUGGGAUUAUUAGUUGAUCCAAUAGCAAAUUCCCUGAACUAACUUCAUAAGAAUUGUAUGGCAGAUAGAAAGGAGAAUUACUAAUUAGAUCUCGGGAGUAAAAGGGUUAAUGCUUGAUUCAGGGUUGAUAUUGUAGGAAGAAAUUAGAUGCUGGUCUGUCAUAGAAGUUAAAGGGUUGAUAUGUUAUAAUCCUUACAGUGAAACCAAAAGAGAUCACCCAAAAACUGGUGAAGCUUGUGGAUGUUUAUGGACUCCCAGUGCCGCAAGUGUUGAGUGUGCAAUGGAGUGCUCAGGAAGUAAAUGUGACUUAUGAACUUUUUGUCAGUAUGCACUAUAAUAUUACUACUUGGAGCUGUGUGUUUGACAGUCAAGCAUAUUGUAAGCAAAUACCUAGGUAUCUCAAUGAAACAUUAUCAUGUCAAGUGGGAGAGGACGUUAUAGAGAAUUUUGAUGUUCCUUGCAAGAAUAAAGGAAUCAGGUGUGACAUUUUCUGUGCCAAAGUAAUCGCUAAAAAUCAGUUUGGAACAGUAGAAACUACACAUCCCAAGCACUGGAAUUUAAAACAUCAUGGUGAGUUUUGUUUGAAAUUAUCUAUUUUUAAAUCAGCUGUGGUAUGAAACAUUAUCUCAGCACAAGAGAUUAAUAGUUCUUUAAAUCAAUGUUAAUUAAUAAAGAAGAUACCCACAAUAAAGUGAUACAAGUAUGAUGAUGAAAUGCUUUUAUUGUGAUUUUCUUAACCAAAGAGAUGUGUCCCCCUCUGGAGAAUGUGAAAGCUGUGUCAACAAGGGACUCUUUUACACUAACAUGGGAUCACCCACGCCUGGUGAAGAGCAAAGUUCCUUUGGAUUACCACAUCACUUACAAUUUCACUCGGAUACUAACAGGCCAGGUAUUUAGCAUUGUAUACAAUUCUAAAAUUUACAGGAGAUUUUCAUAGGUCAUUAAGUCCUUCAGGAGAAUUAUGGUUAAAGAUUAUUGAACUAUAUUGUAAUGUAAAGAAUAGCCUCUACUUGGUUUGGAAUUAUACAUUUACAAUAUCCUCCAUUUGGCACAAAAAUAUUCACGGAUAUUUGUCUGUGGACAUAAUCUGUUCCAAGAUGCUAACUUUUUUCUGUGAAUGAAGCUUGAGGAAAACUCAGUGAGCUUUGAGGAACAGACAAUUUCCAAGGACUAAUAUACAACGAUAUUUCACCCCAAAUGAAGUCUUCUGUGUUUAUUAUCCCUCAAAUAUUUUUGCAACACCUGGGAAAAAAUACUCUCCAACUGGUUACUGUUAAAUGCAUGUGAUAAAUCUCUUUUCAGUGUUCUCUGGUACAAUGGGCCAUUUUACGGUUGUGUACUUAGUUGCCAAGCCUUUGAUUUGGAGUGAGGCUGAAGUUGACCAUGUUGUGAUAGAGAACAGUAUCUAGUUAGUAUGAUAAAAAAAAGUCAUCUACAUUUGAAAAGCAGCAAAGUUUAUAUCACAACAAGGUCACCCCUAGCCUCACUCCUAUUCAAACACUUGGCAACCAAGCAUACAACUGUAAAAUGAACUUUUUUAUGAACAAGAAAAUCAUGUCCCUUCUUCUGAAACAAGCACAAAACACUCUCAUCUUGAAUGAAAUUUCAAACAAAGACUUAUGUCAUAGUGAAAAUGAGGUUUGAAAAUUGAAGAAUAUCACAUUGAAUUUAUUCUUGGAUAUUCCCCAGUUUUGAGAAACUAGCAGUUUUCUUAGACCAAAGCUAGAGGAAACCAGCAAGCUUUGAGGAACAUUUACAAACAACUUACCAUCAAAUUUAAAAGAAAUAUUGGCUUUUCAGAGCUAUAAUAGUUUUCCUCCUUAGUAAAAUUAACAGCAAAUUGCUCUCCCAUCAUGAUUUGAAUCAACCUUUUGAGGAGCAUUAACACAAAUCCCUUGUGAGUUACUCGAGGGGUGAAUGGUGAAGGAUCUUUGGAGUUUGAGUAACCAAUCAGAGUGUGCCUUCCACUGUUUAAGUAUAUGUAGUGUAUAUAUAGUGCAGGAAAGUAAAUUCAAAUCUUAAACUCAUUGAAUAUGAUCUUGAGUUAUUAUUUAUAUUGAUUUUUAUAUGACAUUGGUUAACUAUAGCUGCAUUAGUUUGACUGUGUAAUUUUGUUUUGAAAGGGAACCAGAUACUCUAAAGUAGUUAGAGAUAACACUUCCUUCAGUGACAACGCUGUACACUUUGCAAGAUAUAGUUUCCAAAUAACCUGCAGCAUGGCAGCUGAUCUGGACACAAAAGGUCCUCCUGUGAUUGCUCAAGUGAAGUCCAAAGAAGGAAGUAAGAAAGGAUUGUGUGUGUAUUUUUUAUUUAAUUCCAAAUAUACAUUUAUUUUUUCUACAUUGAAAUUUAACUCUUUUCUGGUUCUUGAUUGUGAAACUUGUGAAUUUUUCCUUACCAUAUCAAUACCAUAUUAACCAGAUGAAUGAUGAGAAUAACGAAAAAUAUCAAUUUGGGAAUAAUUAGUUGAUCCAACACUGAAUUCUCUGAACCAACAUCCUAAGAAUUGUAUGGUUGAUAGUAAGGAGAAUUACAAAUUUGAUCUGGGAGUUAAAGGGUUUAAGUGUUUUUCCAUCAAGUUUUGUUAUAUCAAAAGGAACAUAAUCACAACAGACAAUCAGAAGAAUGGUAAACAAUAGUCUUACUAGCUUACCAGUAUAGGGAGACAUUAAGAAUUCAAAGUUAAAACAAGCUAUUACCAGCCUGAAUAAAGGGGGUAAGUUUCUAAAGAAACUGGGGUGCUGCAUCGAUGGGGUGGAAUAAAAAGAUAAUUUGGUUUUAUCAACUAAGUUGAUUAAAGAAUUUCUAAAGCUGACAUUCAAAGUGUUACAUAAAAGGGCUGAUGCUUCAAACGUGAGCCUUAGAAACUCUUUACAGUGGCCAAUAAAUCUACUACUAAUUAUCAGCCUGAGCUGGAAUGGGGGGGUAAAUCAGGCAUUUCAAUUGCUUUUACCACCUCAACUAAGUAGCUGUUGAUGGUGGAAGUUGAGGUGGUGGUUGAUUUCUGGCAACUGACUUUUAUUAAAACCCAUGUAAACCUGAGGGACAAAAAUGCAAUAAUGGUUUCAGUAGUGAAUUUGGUUAGUUUAGCAGAUGACAUUGAGUUCUUACUGAAACACUUACUGUUACUAACAGCCCAACAAGCAUUAUAGAUGUUUACAGUGAAACAUUGUAUGCUAACUACAUGCAUGUACAUAUGCUGAACAGGAAAUGUUUUGACUAAAUAGUUUUUUUCCAACACUAUCAUAAUGUUUGCUUAUGUUGUAGUUCCAAGUGAGGCUCCAACAAGCUGUCAGGCAAACAAUAGGUUGUCACAUAGUGUGACUAUUGAGUUUAAGGUAAACAACUAUGUUUUCUUUCUGUAAUCUGUUUAAAAAAUUGGAGAACUUUUUGGAAAAUAAAAGGUUAAAUUAAAGCUACUGAAUUUAAUUAACUUUGUUCUAUUUUACAUAUUAAACAGCUUCACAGGUUAUGGAUGUUAGAAUUAGAAUUUAAGGUUCCUUAAUGUUGUAGAAGACACAGAACAGAUCACAAUAGAACAAUGCCUCAUUAACCCUUCCACUGCCAAGAUCUCUUUAGUGAUUCACCAUACUGUCUGUUGUACAUUGCUUGUGAUUUUCGUAUGGAGAAUUUGGUAUUGGAUCAGAUGAUAAUCCCCUAAUUGAUAUUUUUCAAUAUUCAUUUCACUUGUCUGCUUGAUAUUCUAUUGAUGUUGUAAGAAGAAAGUAUAUCUUGGUCACUGCCGGAAGUGAAAUGGUUAUAACCCAUUCUCUAUUGUAAUAUGUCUACUGUGUCUUCUACACAAAAUAAGAGCCAAAUAUAAUUCGUGUGAAUGCUCAUUUUGGAUCGACUUUUAGCAGUCCCUCCAAUCCAGUGUAUUUUGUUGCACAGGUCAUAAGAAAUUGGCGAAAAACAAGAAGCUAGAACGUUUUCUUUAUUGUUUACCUUGCAAAGUUGACUUGAUUGUAUAAUAGAUCAUGGGAAUAACGUAGGGACUGUUGGCAAUCUAGUACCUUUAUCCUCAACAGGGUUUUCAGUUUUCAUCACCCUUACUUUCAUGUUGUUGACAGACCCAUAUCGCCAAGUUCCUCAUUUUUGAUCCUCUUCCUUUGUGAAAUCUUUAUCUUCAGAGAUCUGAUGCGUAGAGAGAAUUAGCAGUACUGUAUAGUUUUAGAUAAAGGUGUUUUCCGUCUUGUCACGAGCGUAGGACAAAGAAAAAAUUCUGAGUCCCUAAGGGGGAUCGAACCUUUCCGAUUCCGCGCUCCGAUGCUCUACCACUGAGCCACAGAGACUCUAUAUUACGAAGUUCAUAUAUGUAUUUAGUUUUCAUCCCGCUAUACCCCGUGGGGAAUAAUACAGAUUCGACUGUACUUUAUUACAUGAACCUGGUUAUCCUAAUUUUGUUUAUCAUUUUAACUUUGCUUUUUACACAGGUCCCGCCGGUCAACACUUGGAAUGGUAUACCUCGCAAGUUUUUGGUUUCUUAUGGUAACACUACUGAGACAGUCAAAAAAUCUCUGAAGGAGUUACAGGAAGGAUCCAAUGGCUCGGAUACACUGGAAGUAAAAUUGAACGGUCUUCAACCACACAGGAAUUACUCAGCAAUGGUUGCUAUUUGUACGGCUGUAGGUUGUAAAUGGGCAAGCAAUGAGUUGUGCAUCAUCAAUUCAAUGCCAAGCGAUGAGGUCAAUACAAAAGGUUUGUGAAAUUUAAAUUAUUACCGGUAUAUAUUAAAACGGUGGAUAGUGUUGAAGCCUCGCUCUGAUUGGCUAACCAAACUCUGAAUAUACUUUGCUAUUCACCUCCGAGCAACGCGCCGGAUUUGUGCCCGAAAAUAUUGUAAUCGUUGCUGGAAUAAAUAUACUAUACCAUCUCACUGUUUUAGUAUAUCCCAAAACAACUAUUCACCUCAGUGUCGGUGGGUAGCAGUAGUAAUUUACCUCGCCGCUUCGCCGCCUCCUCUUUGAUGAGUAGUUGUUUAGUAACGAAUCGAUCUUCACACAUAUCAACUGUAUUUGCAGAAAUAUAAAGAUUUUGCAGAAAAGAGGUGUGAAAAAUUUCACUUAGGCCUCGAGUGGGAUUAAACUUGUGCGCUCCAGAGAUGAUGUUAUUGCGACAUAUACAAGUUAGCUACAUGGGUGAAGAAAGUUUUAUUAGUGAUGCGUACAUUCCAUUCUUAUGUUUGGUUGUUGUUUUUGUUCCUUAAGAAAAUUUUUAUGCAUCAAGAUGGUUACAAAAGGCACGAAGGUUGCGCUUACCAGUUGUAACCUUCAGUGUUUUAACGUAUGUUUCAAUCACUCGUCUACAAUGACCAAAGUAGAGGUAUACUAGGUUACUGUUACAGAAUUUGUGUUCAAAAGUCCGAAAAAGUGCAAGGGAUAACCGAAAUUUAUAGGGCGCCGAACCAGUAAAUAUCCCCUCAGUAUUUCUAUGACCCAGUUUACUUUUUAUAAGGUCAAUUCGAUUUCCACGUUGAUCAUAUAAAAAGUCGAGUUGACCGUAUAAAGAGUCGAAUUGACCAUAUAAAUAAUAAAAAAUUGAACACAUAAAAAGUCGAGUUGACCAUAUAAAAAGUCGAGUUGAAGGUAUUAAAAUUAAACUGGGUUACAGAAAUACAGAGGGAAUAUUGACUGGUUCGGCGCCCCAUAAGGCCUGGCCAUAGUAUCAAUUUCUUCGCCGAUUACCCUUUAAACAUGAAUUCUUUGAUUUUCAGUUACCGAAAAACCUGAUCCCACCUUAUCUACAUAUAAAGUGCUCAAGGUUGUUGCUAUUGUCUGUGGAACAGUUGGUGGGUUAAGCCUCGCGUGCGUGUUUAUCGCCUAUCUACGCAAACGAAAACGGUAUGUGUAUAUAUUUGCUUAAUCUUUUCUCAUCUAGAACCAUCGUUCCAUAUCGUGAGAAAAAAAAGUAAUAAAAAAAGAAAGAAAUUAAAAAGGAAAAAAGAUAGAAAGGAACAGAUUUCUGGCAGCCUAAUCAUCUGUUUCAUGGGUGAAGCUCACCUUGCCAACUGAUGUCGCUAGAUUUGAAAUAAUUAGAAAAUGUAGGAAAUGGUGUAAUGUACUUUCUGUAUCUUUUGCUUGUGCCCAUUCCAUUUUGGUCAUGCCUUCUGGUAGUUUCUCUCGUCAGCUUUUCACAAAGAUAUUGUAGUCUCAUUCAGUGAUAUGAACUGUUUUUCCCUUUCUUUAAAGGGCUGGUGCCCGAAAAAGUUCUUUGUGGACUGCAAUUGGAGGACCCUUGGUAAGGAAUUAUACAAUGCAAUUUAAAUUUGAUGGAAACCAAUUUUGGGGAGUAGUGUGUUUUUGGCCUAAUGAAAGCACCUUUUUAAUUAUUAGGCCCAGACCAAACUUAUGCGUUUUUUAAACUGUGUUUUUUUCUUUAUGUCGCACGCGAAACGAAACAAAAUAUUUUCUCCCACGCCAACGUUUUCAUGUUGCUCUCAACUAUCCAUAUUACUGAGUUUUCAUAUGAAAGCAACGCAUAUAUUUUUGCUGCGUUUCGUCUAUCUUCCACGCCAAAACACCCUUAAACUCAGAUUAAAGCGACAUUAGACGUCGACAUUUUCGGAAGACUCCGCUUUCACUUCUUUACACAAUGAACAGCGCGUUAGGAAAAAAAAAAAAAGGAAUGUGAAAUCGUUUUAGAAUCGUUUUAGAAAUGCGAAAUCGUUUUCGUAAUCUUUAUGGGAGGACUUAGUGUAGAUGAAAUAAGGGAAAAAAUGCGCGUAAAGUUCACAGGCGUAGUUUGCCAUAUCUAACUUGCGUGCAGAUGUCUCUAAGAAAAGUUGAGCUUGAAACUGGGUAUCUCCGUUUAAUGGCUGUCAUGUUGAUCACUCUCACCUGAACAAGUAUCCCUAGUGAGUGAGUAUACAAAUACCUUGAUUCGUAUUAUUUAUUUACUUCCUUUUAUUAUUAGUUUCCGAAUGGUCACUGCGACUACCAAUAUAUGUCAAAUGAGAGAGGAAACUCUUCCGAAGAUUCUGAACUCUAUGAACGCAUCAACGCCACCAAACAAAGUAUUGAUCUUGGUGUGGGAAAAUUACCAGUUUCAAGGAUUGACUAAAUUACUCGACGGUAAAUUACAAAAUUUAAGCAUCACAGCCGAGCAUUAUAAUGAACUGAGGCAUCUAGGCUGUUUCUGCCUUUUCUGUCAUCUUAUUAUGUUAUAAAAUAAUUCUUAUUAUUGAUAGAAGUGAUAUCAGAAUAUACGAAAUGAAUUUAUAUAAUCAAUUUAAAUAGAAUGUAAGACUUAUACCACACCAACAUAACAUGUUUAGUAAAACUGGGUUUGACUGAAUGAAAAUCAGGAACAAAGAAAUGAAAAACUGAGUUCUCCUUAGUAUUCAAGUGAGAGCUAACCUGUGUAUUUGAAGUCGACCGAUAUCAGUCUAAGCCGCUUUUAUCAAGAAAACAAUUUAAGACAAUUUUAAAUCAAUCAUGUUUAUUAAGCUUUGGUGUGACUGGGGUUUUAGACAGUAAAUUCAGGGAAUGGAAGGGUGAUUGUAGCAAGACUUACAUCAAUUGAAAUAGAAACUAUUUUCAAACUAAUAGUUGAAUACCUCAAAUAUUUUUUAAUGAGAGAGUAGAGUUUUUUAAGAGAUUAAGUAAUUGUAUUUUAAAGAGCUCCUUAAGGUUAGCGUACCCUAAGUUAAUAAAGGGGUAAGUUUCUAAAGAAACUUUGGUGCUGCGUUGGUGGGAGAGUAUAGUAGGUAAUUUGGUGUUAACAACUGAGUUGAAAUCGUCAAUUGGCCACCGUAAAGAGUAAAAAAGCUGCCGUUUUGAGCGUCGGCCUUCGUAACCUAAGUUAAGUUAUGCUAAGACAUAAUAAUUUAUAAUUUGUAAAUAAUCGAUCACAAUUAGAAAAACUAUCUUACGAUUUUUUGAGGUGUUACUAAUAGUGAAGGUAGCAUUUUUUUUAAAGAUAUUUACAUAUCUAGUUACUAAGCUUUUGUCCACAAUUUCCAUAUGCUUGAGCACUUCCGUGGACUGAAGAUUGCGGUAAUGCUCAAUUCGAAGAUUCAGAAUCUUCCUCCCUACCCCCGGGCAUUUGAACUUUUGAAGAUUGGCUCGUUCAAAGGCCAAAACUUUGUUCAAAUGCCCUACCUUAGUGCGGGAUUUAAUAGUCUACUUUUUUGAAAAAGGAAAAAUUAGCCACCGUGACUUUCUGUAUACUUUUUCAGUCUUCUGAGCCAUUUGCCCGCGAAGUGAACUUUGCCGCCAUAUUUAAAGAUAAAACUCGUUUAUUCCGCUGGAAAGACUUGUUAGUUGCGGUUCAAAUUCCUCACCCAACCCAGGCAAGGUUCAAAUUUCCCACUCGCGGGGACAGACGACAGUAAAAUGCCCAUGGGUUGCACAGGGGUAGGCUGGGAUGUUGAAGCUUCGAAGCCUCGAAUUGACAUUUUUUGCACUCGUUAUAUUUCUUAUAGGAAGGGUAAAAUAUUAUGAAAUUUAGAAUAAUUUAUGAAGGUAUUUUUUUUUAACAAAUCAUAUUGUUCAGCAAUAACUAUUUAGUAAUGACAGAAAUUGUAAGUAUUUUAUUUUUUAAGAAAGACUUCGAAUAAGGCAACAUGCACAAUGGUGAUAUUUUGAGACAAAGGUUUUAUAUAAAGCCCUCUUCUGCCUGAUGGAUGACGUAGUUUGGCUCGUGUUCGUUGUGUGUAGUAGAACAAAGGAAACAGAGAAGUCAAAGAAAGUACAAAUGAGGAAAAUCACAGUGAAAAAAACAAAACAAAACAAAACAAAAAACAAACAAUGAAAAAUUUCACAGGUUCCUAUAGAUAUAGCACUUAUUUUUACAGCUCAGCUUUUUAUACAUUUUCAUGAUAGUUCCAUGAGGUAAAAAUAGUUGUCUCGUACCUCUCUCUCGACGUUUUUUCUCUCUCUACGUUUUUUUGAUACUAAGGCUAUUUUGAAUUUUAAUUUCCACCAAAGUUUGUUGUUUUCUCGUUAUUUGACUCCACUCCUAUGAUUAAAGAAGCAGUUUCCUGGUCUUUGUCUUUAUCCAGAUUUAUCACAUUUCCUCGGUAGCAAUUGUUAUUCUCAGAUUCCAAAGAUCGCACUUUGCUCUCACGCAGGCUAUACUACGCAUAUAAAAUCUGACGUGUAGAAUUAAAUGUCUUGAAAGGUAAAUAAAGAAUGAGGUUAGUUUGCUUACAGACUUCAUAAUUCCUUUUAGAUCAUAGUCCAGAGCACAAGCGAAAUUAGAACCGCGGGGUAUUUGACGAAUGCGAACGUAAUAGGAUAGGGAUGGGGAAGACCGCUUUGAAAUGCACUGGUUGAAAUGCAUCUUCACUGUAGACUCUCAGGGCCGGUAAUUUACACGAGGUCUAACCAAAAUCGCGGUUUUACGCAAUCAGUGAGCCUCAGGCUUUCUUUAUAAGAGGUUUGAUUUAUUGUAAUAAAAUAAUGAUUGGUCC